CUCUGUUCCAUUGGCUGUGGGGCGGCUGGGGGAGGCGGCCCUCCCCUCAUGUCCUCUGCUCUGUCCCCAGCUGCACCUGGGCCCGUCCCCUCCUGCCGAGGGAGGAAAGAGGGCCUGGGUGUGGCCCAGGACCUGAACAGCAGGCCCCUGUCCCUCCUCGGGUCGGUGGAGGGGGGGGUGUACUGGCACAGUGGAGCGGGCGGAGCGGGCCUGGGCUAGGCUGGGGGCCGGCAGCCGGGGCAGGGCCACGCAGAUCCCCUCCGCGUCCCGGUGGCCUUGCGCUCCCUUCUGUCAGCCGUGUGUGCAUGUGUAUAUACGUACUCGUGGCUUUUGUUUAGAUUUGGUUUUGUGUUUGUGUAGACGGGUCCCAGGAAAGUUGAGGGGUGGUGGGGAGGAGCAGUGGCUCAGCCACUACAGUGGGGACGGCUCCCGGCUCCCGACCAGCUGAGCCCGCCUGGACUGGGCGGGGAGGGGGGCCGCCUCCCUGCGGGGCCGGGCCGGGGACAGUGUACAUAGAUGUGUGUUUUGAUUGGUCGAGUUCUUAUUUUUGAGUGUUUUUUUUUAAGAAGACAACCCAGCUCUGUCGCGCCGUCUGUCGCCUUGUGCCCUGCGGGAGCCCGGGAACCAGCUGUGCUCGUGUGGCUGUGCCGCCUGGGAGCUGGGACAGGGAGGUGCCCAGUGCACCGCUCGGGCCUCGAGUGCGGGGACGGGCACUGGGAGCGGAGCGAGCCUUGUUUCUUGUCAAACGCAGCAUCGUUGUCAUUAAACCGGUUGUGGGUUUACGCACUGCUGGGGCUGGCUCUCCGUCUCUCUGGUCCCCAGCUGGGAGGGUCUGCACGUGCCCGGGGCCGCAGGCCAGCCUAAGUGUCACAAACGGGCACAGGCGACUCGCCCUGGGCGAGCUGGCUGUGGAGGAGUCUCGCGGGCAGGCUGAGAGAGGUGCCCGUGACCCUGGCUUCGUGGUCCCCUGGGGCAGAGGACGUGGGUGUAGCCAGCCCUCGUGGCCCAGCCAGGGCACGGCCCUGCUGUAGGGGAGAGGCACCCACUCCUGGCUGCCAUCUGGGAGAAGGAGGACGGGGCCAGAGGAGACGGGGGCCGUGGGACUAGGGGCACGGGGCCACAUGGCAGCUUGUGGGUGGGGCAGGUGCUUCUGUCACCUCUAUCUGGCCGGUGGGGAAACAGGCCAGUGGGUGCCAUCACUGGCCCAACCUGUCACACGGAGUGCUGGGGGGCGGGGAGGAGGGGUGCGGGUGAGAUUUGUUGGUUGACUUUCGGGUGUAGCUUUUGUGAGAAAAGGGAAGGGGUGUGGUGGUGGCGGUGGACGGUGGAUGAGGUGCAGGCAGGGGCAGCGAGUGAGGGGCAGCCGGAGGGGGAGCUGAGGACUCCACGGGGACCGUGGAAGAGAGAGAUCUGGAAGUGCUGGAGGGCAGCAGGAGGUCUUGGGGCUGGGGAGGAAGGCCAGCCCCGGCCAGAGUGGGGGCAGGACCUGGCAGGUCAGGGGGCCCCAGGGGUCUCAGAAGGGUGAGCCCCCUGCCGUGAGCAGGUGCCCACAGCGGGCACGCACCCCGGCCCCUCCCUCUAGGUGAGGAGCCCCGCCUGGGGCUGUGGGGACGAGAGAGACCGGACCACAGCAACCUGCCUUCGUGGGCCUCCGCUGUGGCAGGAGUGGGACGGGACAGGGAGAAGCCCGCGUGGCUCUCAGUGUGACAGGUGGCAGGAGGCCCUAGAAAACGUCACCUUCGAACCGAGGCCCAGUGGAGCCUGGUGUUUGAUCAAGGGCCCAGAGAGCAGGGGGCACCAGGGCGGAGAGGACAGUCCCCGCACAGGCUCUGGAGCAGAGCCUGUGAGGGGAGGGUGGGGAGCGGGUGGGGCAGGGCAGGUGGGGCCUCGGGGGCCCUUGGAGUUCACGUGUCUGUUAUGUGGUGUAUCUUGGAGCGUAUGUCGGUGAUGUUUAGUACGUUCGCGAGGUGGUGCUGCUACCGUGUCUAGUUCCGGAACAUUCCACCACCCCAGAAGACGACCCGUCCCCAUCAGCUGUCACUCCCUGCCCCCUCCCCGGCGCCCGGCCCCCACCAACCCCCUUCCUGUCUGUGGAUGAGCCUGUUCUGGACGUUUCACAUAAAUGGAAUCACACCCUGUGUGGCCUCUGUGUCUGGUUCCCUCCCUGAGCGUCGUGUGUUCAGGGUCCUUCCGCCGGGCGGCGGGUGUGGGCGCCCUGGCUGAGGGACGUGCGUGUGCGCGGGGGACACGGUCUGUGUCUGUCGUGCCACUGAGGACUGUGAACUGAGCCAUGCACGCACGUGUGAGGGUCUCGCUCCAAGUGGUGGGUCAGAAGCAGAAGAGGGACAGGGUGGGGGGUGAGGAGGGAGGGCUGGGAAUGGGGGGGGCCCGGACGGAGCUUCUGGAGAGGUGCAGCUGAGGGCACAGCCCGGAGAGCCCCACGUGAGGGUGUUCUCAGGGGGCCCAGAGAGGAGGUGGGAGCCCCGGUUUUAGGGCCACCACCCGAGGCACACGCCUGCCUUUCGCCUGGUCCUCCCCCGGGGCGGGGGCGGGGGCGGGUGGUGGCUGUCUGGAUGGAGGCCAGCGCUGGCCAGUACCGUUGCCGGGACACCGAGGGCCUUUGUCGCUGUCAACAAUGGCCCCACAGGCCUUCCAGGCGUGAGCCCCUGGGGACCCAGAGGCAGACAUGCAGACCCUGGCGUGGCAGCGGCCCGAGGCUGCCCGGCCCUACGUCCCCCAGGGGACCCUGGAAGUGGCAUUCCCAGCACCUCUGUACAGCGAUGACUGCCUGUCCCUGGAGGGGCCUCGCUGGACACCGGCCAUCAAGCAGGCCACACGCUGGAAGUACACGCCCCUGGGGCGCGACGCAGCUGGCCAGCUGUGGUCCACCGGCCUAACCACCUCAGAACCCCGUGAGGCCUGGUACACGUUCCCGCGGGCCCCGGACAGCCCCUACCGGGAGGCCCACGGCCACUGGCACAGAUGUCACAGCUGCCGGGAGCGAAGCAUGCCCUCGGCCUGUACCCAGCACCUCCGGGAGACCGCCUGGUACGACCCUGUCCUCCCUGCCCAGUAUGGGAACCCCGGCACACGGUGGGGGAGCACGCUGUGGAGGGACAGACUCAUCCGGGGCAAGGAGUACGUGGUCAACAGGCACCAAUACCGGGUGGAGCCACCGUGGCGGUCGGACCACGUGCCGUACCUGUCUGUGCCGCGGCGGCCGUGCUACGCCACCCAGAGCUACCGGCGGUGGAGCCUGGAGCCUUACCGUCCCUCCGCCAACCAGCGGCCCCCGCCCGCCCACCUGCCCGUCUGCCAAUAAAGGUCACGCUGCCAGCACCGCCCCUGCAGGGACCCCUGUGCCUCUGACACCACCCCACCCCCCCGACCCUGUGCAUCUCUCCACUUCUGGGGCCUGGGAGGGUCCUGGGUGGCCAGGCGGCCAGAUAAAGGGAGCUACUAACCGAGA